AACCUGUUCGUUCACUAGUGUCCUAGACCGCGGAGAAGUAACAUCCUAUUAUUAUACCUACACACAAGCUAAACAACAAACAUGGCUGAUGAUGAUGUUGUCGCUUUAGUUGUGGACAAUGGGUCCGGAAUGUGUAAGGCUGGAUUUGCCGGUGAUGAUGCUCCACGUGCUGUAUUCCCCUCCAUUGUCGGAAGGCCAAGACAUCAGGGAGUGAUGGUUGGUAUGGGACAGAAGGACAGCUAUGUCGGUGAUGAGGCCCAGAGCAAGAGAGGUAUCCUUACCCUCAAGUACCCUAUCGAACACGGAAUCGUCACAAACUGGGACGACAUGGAGAAGAUCUGGCAUCACACCUUCUACAACGAGCUCCGUGUGGCUCCAGAGGAACACCCUGUCCUCCUGACAGAGGCCCCCCUCAACCCCAAAGCCAACAGGGAAAAGAUGACACAGAUCAUGUUCGAGACCUUCAACUCCCCCGCCAUGUAUGUAGCCAUCCAGGCUGUGUUGUCCCUGUACGCCUCAGGUCGUACUACCGGUAUUGUGUUGGAUUCUGGGGAUGGUGUGUCCCACACAGUCCCAAUCUACGAAGGUUAUGCGCUUCCCCACGCCAUUAUGAGAUUGGAUCUUGCCGGACGUGAUCUUACAGACUACCUCAUGAAAAUUCUCACAGAGCGUGGUUACUCAUUCACAACCACCGCCGAGAGAGAAAUCGUCAGAGACAUUAAGGAGAAGUUGGCUUAUGUUGCCCUUGACUUUGAACAGGAAAUGUCCACAGCAGCUUCCUCCUCAUCUCUGGAGAAGAGCUACGAACUUCCCGACGGCCAGGUCAUCACCAUUGGCAACGAGAGGUUCAGGUGCCCCGAGGCUCUGUUCCAGCCAUCAUUCUUGGGAAUGGAAUGCUCAGGAAUUCACGAGACCACAUACAACAGCAUCAUGAAGUGUGAUGUAGACAUCAGGAAAGAUCUGUACGCGAACAUCGUUAUGUCCGGUGGUACCACCAUGUACCCUGGUAUCGCUGACCGUAUGCAGAAGGAAAUCACCUCUUUGGCUCCCAGCACCAUGAAAAUCAAGGUCAUUGCUCCACCAGAGAGGAAAUACUCCGUCUGGAUCGGUGGCUCCAUCUUGGCUUCUCUGUCCACCUUCCAACAGAUGUGGAUCAGCAAACAGGAAUACGACGAGUCUGGCCCCUCCAUUGUCCACAGGAAAUGCUUCUAAAAGAUGCAUGUGACUUUAUUAUUACUGAAUAGAUAAUAUACAAUUUGUGCAAUAAAAUCUGUCACAUCUUUCUGAUGUGAAACGGAUGCAAUAAAAUCUCAGGCGUCAAGUAACUUCAGACAUUUUGCACGGGACAUGUUGGCCAUGUUGCGGGGCACGUGAGUCGCGGUGUACAUGUCACAUGAGGCUUGGUGUACGGGACACAUGGAUAACGAUGCUUGUGUCGCGUCGUUGAUUGUGAUAUGGGACUCUAGUAUAUCAAAGAAAUUGUUUAUGACUCUUGUGAUUUGUUAAAGUUCAAUUUUUUAUUUAAAGAUUAAAUUAUUCUUUGUUAGUACUUUGUUGAACAAUAGUUUUUUACCAAAUAAAUCUAUAUACAUUUUCGUUCUUGGUUUGCUCUGGUUUCUUAAAAUCAAACCGAAUUACAAAUCGUAUACUUUUGAUUUUCGUUAGAGUUAUUUCCCUUGCAAUGUCAGAACACUGUACUCACGACUAGUUUUCAAAAACUAAGUUUCAUUUUAAAGAAAAUAUGAUUUAAUUCCCAAAUAUAAAGUAACCUUUCACUAGCAUGCCUUUUAUAACGAUCAUCAUUUCGGGUACCGCUAUUAUGUACCUCUAAUUCGCUUUUCGCUAAUGAAAUAUUUAGAGUUUGAAAUUGGAAGUUCUGAUGUCAUCAGUUUUAUUUAUUCAUUGCAAAAACAAAAUGAUAGUUCCUUCUGACGACAACAAAUAAACGGUAAGCUAGCUACUGUUUUUAUACAUACAGUGACGUUAAAUAUCCCGCCCUAAUUGAAGGAUACAAUGGCCAAACAUUCAAUAAAUAGAUGUCAGUACGGUAAUAUAUAAAUAUAAAUCUAUGUAAAUUAUGGUUCAUUUACAUACAUUCUGAUCCAUUUUAAUCAUGUGUAACAUGUCUAGCAAAACUUAGUCUGCUACGAUUGAACAUAAAAUAUAAUUUAAAAUAUCAUACUAUGUGCAAAAAAGUUAGAUAACUUAGGUUUUAUUUAUAGCAUCUGUCGUCAUGUUAUUGAGAGAAAAAUGCAAACUACUGGGUUUUAAAACUAUAAAAACCAAUGUAUAAAAGAGCACACUGACCAGUCUUGAGACAAUCAACAACUGUAAGAUUUCUUUACCGUCAAAAUCUUAUUUGUGAACGAAGAUGUGAACGAAAUAAAAAUGAAAUUGAAGAUGA